CACUCACAGAUCCUUUAUAAGGCGCCUAGGCGGUCAUCCGUGACUGUUCGCCUUAGCACCCUCUGCUUUGGAUUGAUCUUUCCUCUUUGGUGCCAGGUCAGCGUUCAGCAGGAGCAGCCAUGUCUCAUGGAUGGGGAUACGGAGCGAGCAACGGACCUGACAGGUGGGCAGAAGAUUAUCCAAUUGCUAAUGGGCCCAGACAGUCUCCCAUCAACAUUGUUAGCAAGGAGGCCCAAUAUGAUCCAUCUCUGAAGCGCCUGAAGCUCCAGUAUGAUCCCUCCAACGCCAAGGGCAUUCUAAACAACGGACACUCCUUCCAGGUGGACUUUGUGGACGACACAGACAGCUCCACACUGACUGGAGGUCCGAUUUCUGGAACAUACCGAUUAAGGCAGUUUCAUUUCCACUGGGGAGCCAGUGAUGAAAGAGGAUCUGAGCACACUGUCAAUGGUGUCAGGUUCCCUUGUGAGCUCCACCUGGUGCACUGGAAUACUAAAUAUCCCAGCUUUGGGGAGGCUGCUGACAAGCCUGAUGGACUGGCUGUGACUGGGAUCUUUCUCAAGAUUGGUGCAGCCAACCCCCGGCUUCAGAAAGUUCUGGAUGCUUUGGACUCUAUUAAGACAAAGGGAAAGCAGACAACCUUCUCUAACUUUGAUGCAAAAACUCUUCUUCCGUUUUCUCUGGAUUAUUGGACUUAUGAUGGCUCUUUGACAACCCCACCCCUGUUGGAGAGUGUCACCUGGAUUGUUCUCAGGGAGCCAAUAAGUGUCAGCCCUGCACAGAUGGCCAAGUUUCGAAGCCUCCUGUUCAAUGGAGAAGGAGAAGCUGCUUGCUGCAUGGUGGACAACUUCCGUCCUCCACAGCUCCUCAAGGGCCGUAAAGUCCGUGCCUCCUUUAAAUAAAUUUUAAUUAUCCUCCUAGGUAUUCUUAUGCAAUAACUUUCAAUGUUGUGUCAUUAUUUAAACUACUAUUACACAAAGUCAGCUUUUUAAAAUUCUUGCUUGUUGCCUUGUUGCCAGCUACUUCAAAUUUUAACCUUAACUGCUUAAUUUUAUCUCUCAAAUGUUUGCAUCUUCUUUUUCUGAGUAGUCUAUUAAUUAUGAAAACAUGCCUUUCUGAUCUGAUCUCUGAAAUGUUAUCAAACUAAAGAAAUUGAUUAUUUAAAAUGAUAUAAUCUUUGUAAUUAUAGCCUCUUUAAACUAAGAUUUACUAAAGUCUAAAAAGAUGUGACAAAUUGUUUUACUGAAUAUUUUUGUGUCAUUUACCUGAAAAUCAUAUCCUGCCUGUCUGCGACCUAUGCUUUUUUCUCAGGUUUUCCUGCUAAUAAAAUCCUUUAUCAGUUUUCUGAGACA